GUAAUGCGUUUGUAAAACUACAAUACGAUAGUUUCUUCUCCAUCUUCCGACAGUCAGCUUCGAAAAAUGGAAGAAACCGUGGGGAAGGGAGUUCAAAGGCGUGGAGCUUUAAGACAGAAAAAUGUAGCUAUAGUGAAGGACCAUAAAAUGGUCCAAAGGUUUUUUAAACAACCAACAUUUUGUGGACAUUGCAAGGAUUUUAUCUGGGGAUUUGGAAAACAGGGAUUUCAAUGCCAAGUGUGCAGUUUUGCCGUACACAAGCGCUGCCAUGUAUAUGUGUCAUUCCAGUGUCCAGGGGCCGACGUGGGACCAGAUUCAGAUUCUACAAACAACCAUAAGUUCAAGGUUCACACCUAUGGAAGUCCCACAUUCUGUGACCAGUGCGGAUCUCUUUUGUAUGGCUUGAUACACCAGGGCCUCAAAUGCGACGCAUGUGAUAUGAAUGUGCACAAGCGAUGCGAGAAGAAUACACCAAAGCUGUGCGGCAUCGACCAUACAGAGCGCAGGGGGAGAAUUCAUAUCAAGGUCUACUCCCAUGGUGACAAGCUCAUGGUGGAAGUCCGGGAAGCCAAAAAUCUGAUCCCUAUGGAUCCUAACGGCCUUGCGGACCCAUUUGUGAAGGUGAAGAUCAUACCCAGUGAAGAGCACAAGAUUAAACUGAAGACGAAAACUAUCAAGGCCACACUGAACCCCACAUGGGAUGAGAAAUUCCAAUUUGACCUAGCAGCAGACGACUUCGCAAAGCGCGUGUCUCUGGAGAUCUGGGACUGGGACCGCACGUCUCGUAACGAUUUCAUGGGCUCGCUGUCGUUUGGCAUCUCUGAGAUCAUGAAGGAGCCUGCAGAGGGCUGGUUCAAGCUGCUCAGUCAGGAGGAGGGGGAGUUCUACGGGGUACCUGUCGUAGACGACGUCAGCGCCAAUAUACAGAUGUGUCGCUCAAGAAUGGAGGAAACAAAGAUUGACAAGCGUCCGACGCCCAUGAAUCUUCCCCAGAACGUGAGCAAGCAGGACAACGUGCGGGCCUCAGACUUCAACUUCCUCACCGUGCUGGGCAAGGGAAGCUUUGGCAAGGUGGUUUUAGCAGAAAGGAAAGGGACUGAUGAACUGUAUGCCAUUAAAAUCCUCAAGAAAGAUGUGAUCAUUCAGGACGAUGAUGUGGAAUGCACGAUGAUCGAGAAGCGAGUGCUAGCCCUGCCAAGCAAGCCUCCCUUCCUAACACAGCUACAUUCCUGCUUCCAGACCAUGGACCGCCUGUAUUUUGUCAUGGAGUAUGUAAAUGGAGGCGAUCUGAUGUUCAGAAUCCAGCAGGAAGGCAAAUUUAAAGAACCAGUUGCAGUAUUCUAUGCGGCAGAAAUAGCCAUAGGUCUCUUCUUCCUUCACAAGCAAGGAAUAAUCUACCGAGACUUGAAGCUGGACAAUGUUCUCCUGGACUCAGAAGGUCAUGUGAAAAUUGCAGACUUCGGCAUGUGUAAGGAAGGAAUCCUUAAUGACAAGACCACCAAGACAUUCUGCGGGACGCCAGAUUACAUCGCACCUGAGAUUGUGCUGUACCAACCAUAUGGGAAAUCCGUGGACUGGUGGGCUUAUGGAGUUCUCUUGUAUGAAAUGCUUGCAGGACAGCCCCCAUUUGACGGUGAGGAUGAGGAAGAGCUGUUCACGUCCAUCACAGACCACAACGUCUCGUAUCCUAAAUCUAUGUCAAGGGAGGCAGUUGCCAUCUGUAAAGGGUUACUUACUAAGAAUCCUGCCAAGAGACUUGGCUGUGGGCCAACUGGAGAAAGGGACUUCAAAGACCACGCAUUCUUCAAACGUAUUUUGUGGGACAAGAUCGAAAACCGGGAAGUGCAGCCACCAUAUAAACCGAAAAUCCAAGAUCCAAAGAAGGCGGAGAACUUUGAUAAGAUGUUCACCAAGUCUGCGUUCAAGCUGACACCUACAGAUAGUUUGGUUAUAAUGAACAUCGAUGAAAGUGCCUUCUAUAACUUCUCUUAUUGCAAUCCUUACUACCAGCCCCUCGCCAGCUCAUUGGCUGCUGUACAUCAUUUCUGAAAGAUUUUUUACUCUAUCAAUCAGGGGGCCGAGUGUAAUUGGAGGCCAUUUUAAGAAUGUUUUCUUACCUUAAAAGUGUUUGUGUGGUUGUGACAAAUGCCUGGAGGUAACUUCUUGGAAGUAUUCCUAUUCUACACCAUGUUGCCAAACAAACAUAAAAUGGACAUAUAUAUUGUCCUUACCUAAAGCAUUUGAGAUGUGUUUUUUUCUCUUGUGAACUCAGAUUGUGUUCACCUUGUUUUCACCCCUUUUUCUGGAGGUUGAAUCAAUUAAAUGAAACCAGUGCGAAAUUCUAUUUGGUGCUACGACUGAAAGUUUGAAAAGAAGUUACAUCUGAAGAUGAAGAAAGAUAAUCAAACAAUGGAGAAAAAUGUUUUUUUUUGUAUGAAGCAUUGGUUGUUACUUCCUGAUAAGUGUUCACCAUAAGGAAUGCUUAUGUCUUUUGUUCAUAAAUCGUCACAUCAUAUGUAAAAGUCAGUUUUUUGCAGAAUGUUAUUGUUGUCAUAGAUUUUGAUAUGGUAUGAGAUUUAGUAAUGUUCUUCAUUUUUUUACUUAAAUGCAUAUUGAACUGUUUUCUUUUCUCAUCUACAUGUAUUUGAUGUGUGUACUUUUUGCCCAUUUCACCGUCUCUGUUAGAAUGUUAAUGUAAAAAUCAUCAGUGUUAUUAAUUUCCUAUAUAUAUUUUUUCAUAGUAACUAAUCACUCAGUAUACAUUUGCUACACAUUGAACAGUAUUCGUCAUAUAUCAGUACAUUAAAUAUCACAUUUAUAUUUUCCAAAAAAAUCAGUCUUUAAUUUUAAAAAAUCCACCUUUCUACAAGGAGGGAUGUCUCUUUGUUGUUCUUUUUAAGUGCAAUUUUAUAACCACUCUUCUUAGUAAGAACAAAUAGAAAAAGGGUUUUUUCCUUCUUUGCAUAAACCCAUCACCGUCAUCUUAGAAUUUUGGAAUUCAUGCCGCUAAAUGUCUGUAAAUUGGUGAUGUUAAGGCAGAAAUACCUGUUUGCCCAGAAUUAGUGCAAAAUGUUUUCAAUAUUGACAUAAUAAUCUAUGCAUUUUUAUACAUUACCUCAUCACUAUGAACAUUUUCUGUAUCAUGUUUUGCACUGACAAUGGCUCAAUGUUGUUGACAUCUCUUCCUUUGUUUUACUUUCUGAUGGUACUUUUAUUUGAUGGAGUAAAAUAAUUGAGUCUUGCUUUGGGAAAACCAGGCUUAAUGCAUUUGGAUAAAGUGUUGUCUCAGAUUAGCAUGUGCAGUCUUUACAGGUCAAUCUAGGAUGACACUUAAUGCUGUUAUAGUAUUCUAGGACGACACUUAAUGCUGUUAUAGUAUUCUAGGAUGGCACUUAAUGCUGUUAUAGUAUUCACGGAUGACACUUAAUGCUGUUAUAGUAUCUAGGAUGACACUUAAUGCUGUUAUAGUAUUCUAGGAUGGCACUUAAUGCUGUUAUAGUAUUCUAGGAUGACACUUAAUGCUGUUAUAGUAUUCUAGGACGACACUUAAUGCUGUUAUAGUAUUCUAGGAUGGCACUUAAUGCUUUUAUAGUAUUCUAGGAUGACACUUAAUGCUGUUAAAGUAUUCUUGGAUGACACUUAAUGCUUUUAUAGUAUUCUAGGAUGACACUUAAUGCUGUUAUAAUAUUCUAGGAUGACACUUAAUGCUGUUAAAGUAUUCUAGGAUGACACUUAAUGCUGUUAUAGUAUUCUAGGAUGGCACUUAAUGCUGUUAUAGUAUUCUAGGAUGACACUUAAUGCUGUUAAAGUAUUCUAGGAUGACACUUAAUGCUGUUAUAGUAUUCUAGGAGGACACUUAAUGCUGUUAUAGUAUUCUAGGAUGGCACUUAAUGCUUUUAUAGUAUUCUAGGAUGACACUUAAUGCUGUUAAAGUAUUCUAGGAUGACACUUAAUGCUGUUAUAGUAUUCUAGGAUGACACUUAAUGCUGUUAAAGUAUUCUAUGAUGACACUUAAUGCUGUUAAAGUAUUCUAGGACGACACUUAAUGCUUUUAUAGUAUUCUAGGAUGACACUUAAUGCUGUUAAAGUAUUCUAGGAUGACACUUAAUGCUGUUAUAGUAUUCUAGGAUGACACUUAAUGCUGUUAUAGUAUUCUAGGAUGACACUUAAUGCUGUUAUAGUAUUCUAGGAUGACACUUAAUGCUGUUAUAGUAUUCUAGGAUGACACUUAAUGCUGUUAUAGUAUUCUAGGAUGACACUUAAUGCUGUUAAAGUAUUCUAGGAUGACACUUAAUGCUGUUAUAGUAUUUUUCUGUUUAAGGAAGGCUCUUCUUAAUGCAAAUCAAGUCUAUGCUGAUAUGGAUUGAAACUUUACGCCCAUACAUUAAGUCCAGUUGUUCCCAAAGUGCUGCUCACAUGUAUAAAUGUGUUACUUACCCCUGUAUUUGCUCUAAGUUCAUUUUUAGAACCUCAAACUAUGACAAUUAAGCAUUCUCAUAUUUUCAUGUUUUAAUAUUGCUUUUAAUUUUCAUUUUGUGUCCUAUUUAUUGUAUUAUGGAGAAUUAAACCAAGCAGUGAUACAUGUGUAUAAAUAAAGUGUAUUUUGCAGGCUUUGAAAACAUAUGAGCUGCAAGUCUUGAUUUGUGGUUCAUUUUGUUCUGAUUUAUAGCUAUUGAGCUCUGCGUUAUUUGGCAUGUACCUAUGUGCAUGUUUGGUAUUUUUUUUUAAAUUAAAAAAAAACUAAUUAAAAAGACAAUAAAGUAAAGAAAAUGUAAUUUACUGCAAUCUACCAGAUAACCUCAAUUCUAUCCUGUUCUGUAAAUGCUUGAAGAAAAUUUUGUUUUUUUGUGGUGUCUUAGGUUUGUAACAAGCAUUUGAGAGUUGUUGUGUUAUUAACAUUCAAUAUUGUUCUACAUUUAAUAAUGAAUUAAUAGAAUACAACAGACUUAUCGUUUAAUUUAUUAAAUACCAUGUGGAUACGAUUUUUAAAUAUAUCAGUUUGUGCAAUGUCAAUUUAAAUAUAAUUAUGUUAAUUUUGUAUUUAUAUUUCAAAGUCUUUUUAAGAGAAUUUAUCAAAGAUGUAUUUUGUUCGUUUGUUGUUACCUUGGUCAUAUCAAUACAAUAUUUAGUUGUUUCAGUAUGUUUCAUGUUGGAACAAACAUAUUUCUAUCUUAGCGAGUUCUUGUGAUAAAAUAGUUUCAUGUUAGUUUAUAAUCAAAUGUUAGUUAUACUCUGCUUAAUAUUUGGCAUUUGGAAAAAGAUAUUAUAAAGAUAUUACUUUAUUAGCGGACAGGUUGGCUCCUGACCAGACUUGUGGAUGCGCAGGCUGGUCUGGAGCUAUGCUAGCUGCAAAUGACAUAAGACCCAUUUUAGCAUGAUUUGAGAAUUGAGCAAGCAGUUUUGAUACUUGCUGAGAAGUUGCUCUUUAUUCCAAAAUUGUAUCCUCACACCCCUUUAAAUUGUUUAAUAUAAAAUUAAAUUUUUGUGAAUGAAGCAUCAUACAUAUUACUGUAUUCAGUAUAUUGUUCAGGAUUCGAUUUACUACAGAAAUGGCCCUUAAAGUGAAAUAUAUUACAUUAAUAGAUACAUUUUAGGUUUGGUUUUCACUGAGUUUGACUUGAUCAUGUUAUACAUGUGCAUUAAUGUAUUACUCGUAAUAGGUGUGCCAUAGAAACACAUACUGUCAAUGUGCACAUUUUUAUCAUUUAUUUAUUUGCUUUGAAAAUGUAUUUUGAAUGAAUCAAAAUCAGCAAAAAAUUAGAACAUUGCUUAAUGGCAUAAAGCUUGAAUGCUUGAACAAAAAAUGAACAGGCAAACAAAACUAAUCUUAUUGUGUAUUUUAGCUCUCCUGAGCACAUUGUGCUCAUGGUGAGCUUUUGUGAUCGCUUUUUGUCCGUCGUGCGUCGUCCGUCGUGCGGGUCAACAUUUGCCUUGUUAACUUUCUAGAGGCCACAUUUAUUGUCCAAUCUUCAUGAAAUUUGGUCAGAAGAUUGGUCUCAAUGAUAUCUUGGAUGAGUUUUAAAAUAAUUACCCGUAUGUUUGCUUGAAAAACAUGGCUUCCAAGGGGCGGGGUAUUUUUUCUUAUAUGGCUAUAGUAAAAUCUUGUUAACACUCUAGAGGCCACAUUAACUGCCCGAUCUUCAUGAAACUUGGUCAGAAGAUUCAUCCUGAUAAUAUCUUCAAAGAGUUCAAAAAUGAUGCCGGUUGGUUGAAAAACAUGGUUGCCAGGGGGCGGGGCAUUUUCCUUAUAUGCCUAUAGUAAAACCUUGUUAGAGGCCACAUUUAUUUUCCGAUCUUCAUGAAACUUGGUCAGAAGAUUUGUCCCAGUAAUAUCUUGUUAACUCAGGUGAGCAACUUUGGGCCUUUCAGGCCCUCCUGUUUCAUAAUGUCUGAAUUCAAAAACUUUUCUAGCUUUUGUCAUAAUUCAAAAACAUAACAACCUUGUUAAGAUUUUGAUCUAGGCACCAGCAUAAAACAGCUAUAUUAAGCGUAUGUCUUGAUUUCUGAACUUACCCACCUUAUUAAGCAUGCUUCUCAGUACAAGUUAUUAAGCAUUUAUAUUUAUUCAAGAACAGAACAUAACUAUUAUAUUUAGCUUAUGUCUGGAUUCAUAAGCAGUAUCCCAAUAUUUAGCCUUAGUCAUAAUUCAUGAACAAAACUAUAAAAUUUAGCUUUUUACUCUAUUCCUGGGCUUCACCCCUGUUGUGACCUAACCCUUAGUUUUUAGCUCCACUGACCAGAGGCCAGCCGGGCUUAUGUCAUGGUCCUGUGUCCGUUGUGCGUCCGUGCGUUUCCUUUUUCUUUAAACAUCUUCUCCUAAACUACUAGUCCAAUUCUGAUAAAACUUCUCACAAAUGUUCCUGGGGUGAACCUCUUUCAAAUUUGUUCAAACUUUGCCCCUGGGGUCAAAUUGAACCCGCCCCGGGGGUCAAUAAAUUGAACAUAUGCUUAUAUAAAGCUUAUUUUGUGCAAACUUUAAAAAUCUUGUCCAUAACCAUUGGGCCUAGUGCUACCACAUUUGGUAUGUAGUGACAUUUAAUAGUUCUCUACUUUGUUUGUUCAAAUUAUGCCCCUGGGGUCAAAUUUGACCCUGCCCCGGGGGUCACAAAAAUGAACAUGCACUAUUUUGUGCAAACUUUAAAAAUCUCUUGUCCAUAACCGUAUGGCAUAGGGCUACCAAAUUUGGUAUGUAGUGACAUCUAAUAGUCCUCUACCAAGUUUGUUCAAAUUAAGCCCCUGGGAUCAAAUUUGACCGUUCCCCAUGGGUCACAAAAUUGAACAUAUGCUUAUAUGGGGCCUAUUUUGUGCUAACUUUAAAAAUCUUUUUGUCCAUAACCGUAUGGCAUAGGGCUACCAAAUUUGGUAUGUAGUGACAUCUUAUAGUCCUCUACCAAGUUUGUUCAAAUUAAGCCCCUGGGAUCAAAUUUUACCGUUCCUCAGGGGUCACAAAAUUGAACAUAUGCUUAUAUUGGGCCUAUUUUGUGCAAACUUUCAAAAUCUUCCUGUCCAUACCAAUUGGGCGUAUUUCUACCAAAUUUGGUAUGUAUUAAAAUCUUAAAGUUCUCUACCAAGUUUGUUCAAAUUAAGCCGCUGGGGUCAAAUUUGAACCUGCCCCAGGGGUCACAAAAAUGAACAUAUGCUUAAAUAAGGCCUAUUUUGUGCAAACUUUAAAAAUCUUCUUGUUCAUAAUUAUAGAGCCUAGGGCUACUAAAUUUGGUAUGUUGUGACAUCUAAUAGUCCUCUUCCAAAUUUGUUCAAAUUAUUCCCCUAGUGGGCUUAAAUUUGACCCUGCCCCGGGGGUCACAAAACUGAACAUAUGCUUAUAUAAAUCCUCAUUUGUGCCAACUUUAAAAAUCUUCCUUUCCAUAACCAUUGGGCCUAGGGCUACCAAAUUUGGUAUGUAGUGACAUCUUAUAUUUCUCUACCAAGUUUGUUCAAAUUAUGCCCCUGGGGCCAAAUUUAUCUCUUGAAGGCUCCCAUUAAAAAGUUGUUCAAGAAAAUUUAAUUUUAAAAAACCAUGGCCACAGGAAGUCGUUGAACUUUGCAUGUUUAUGCGUUUUUGCUAUUUAUUCAUUAAAUUGGGAUGAAUAAACUAUUUGCUUCUCAAACUAAAAGUUUAUCAAAAUACACUUGGAAUAACUUUUUAAUUAUAAGAGAUAAAUGCAUACAUGUCGAGCGUGAAAGGUAGGCCAACAUGUUAACUAUCCAUAAAUGUUAACCCUUUACCAAACGACACAUUUUGGACUGCCCCAAAUUGAAAGAGAUUGCAGACAAGAAGUAAUAUUGUAAAAUACUAUUUAUAAAUUGGCUGGGUGGGGUAGAAAUCAUUGUGAUAAAAGGAGAAAUUGCUCAUCAUGAGCAAUUUCUCCUUUUUGAAACCGUUAGUCCUGUUUUCAAAACGAAAAGAAACUCUUCAGAAGGAGUUAUGGUCUAUUGGAACGUCAGAUGGAAAAAGUCAAGGAAAGUUAGGUCAAGCUAAUUGUUUAUCAUGAUAUCUCUUUAAACCUCACGCCAUAUGCAAGUAGUGUUGCCAUGAUCGCAACAUCUUGAUGAAUUAUAAUUCAAUUUUUUGUCUCAUAAACAUUUACUUUGUUUAACAAACAACCUCUGCAAAGUUAUCAUUCCUACUGCCUUUCGGCACCUUAUGAACCUGAAAAACUCGUAACUUUAUGUUUCCUCAGGCAAAUAUCUUCUUUGUACAAUAAACAAUUUCUUCACCACGUUAACAAUCCUGCUACACUCACUAAUGCCUCAAGAAUGAAGUAAAGUUUAGGUGAUCUACGUCAUUAGGUAUUUUGCAUAUGUCAUGAACUAUAUAAGUAACAGAAACUUUGAAACCUACAAACACUUUUUGGAAUUUUGGAAAAAGAUUCAUGAUUGAAUGAAGGAACUUUCAUUAAUCUUGUAGAACAUGCGUAGAUGUGAUCUUCAGCAUCUUAAAAUAUGUGAAAUAGAAAGAACGACAAUAUCUUUUGGAAAGAUAAAUGUACUUACGUUAUAAGCAAAGGACCUGUGCGACAAUUCCUGGGCUUUUUAGUCUGUUUAGUUAACACCGUAGUAAUGUUUUCCAUAUAUAAAAAUGCUCACCCUUUCAACUUUAAGGGCCCAGUGCAGGGACGAGGGAUAGAAAGAGAAAGUCACAUGCUUGAGUACAUUUCAACCCAUGCGCAUUGCACGCUUUUUUCGCAUAAAAAAACAGUGGAGCGAUACAGGGCCAUCAUGGCCGUCUUGUUAAUCUAUUCCUGGGAAACCAUUUGAUUAGUUUUUGGUGUGGACAUCUGAACAAAACCACAAACUUAAGCUUUUGCUUUGACUCCUGAUCAAAACAACCAUAUUUUGCUUUUUUAUUCCUGAACAAAACCAUCUUAUAUAGCUUCUUCUAGAUAAAAGUAGGUAUUUUCUGUUUUGUGUACAAUUUAUUUUACACAUUCACUAGACUAUUUAUUUAUAAAGGUGUGACAUUGCCUUUAAUGAUUUCUCUUGUAUUUGAAGAAGUUUUUCAGGCUAUACAUGAUUUUACAAAAAAAGUUAGCUAUAAUAGACUAACAUGCAAGUAUAAAUGUUUCAUAAAAUCCUUUUGUGUUCAUUAAUUUGUCCAUGUUUAAAUAAUAAAGUAAGAGUAAAUACACAUGUCAUUAUUUCAGAUUGAACUAAUCUUUGAAAAUAAGCUGUAUUUUAUACUGUGAGCUUAAUACAUUUAGUAUUUUCAUUAAUUUUAGGCAGUAUUUUUUCUGUUUAAUCUUAAAUGCAUUUAGUACUUUACCAAUCUUACGCAGUGUUUUUUUUCUAUUUUAUCUUCCACAUAUUUAUGAUAUGCAUAACCUUGUUCUUUACUAUAAAUAUUGUGUUUUAUUUCAUGACUCCUCUUUUGAUCUAAUUAUUAUUAUUAUUAUAUUAUUACUUUACUACAAUAAAUAAUAACACAUUA